AUGCGUGUGCUGAGCUGCAUCACUGUGCUGUUGGUGGCACUGGUGGCCGUGCUGGUUCUACCGGGCAGUACCACUGCCUUCAGAAGGAACUAUAACGGGGUGUGUGCCUGUCCCAAGAUUUACCGGCCUAUUUGUGGAAGUGAUCUGAUCACCUACGCCAAUAGCUGCAUACUGCGGUGCAAGGUGGACAGUUCCUACGGCAAAUCGGUUCAGCUGCGGAUACUUCGCGACGGAGAGUGUGAGCGCAAGGCACCGAUUCAGAUUCCCGAGGAGAUCCUGGAUUAACGCGAACGAACACCAUAAGGAACUGUAUUUGUGAUAGCGAAGGAUAUGGAGAACAAAGACAAAGAAGUAAAGUAAAGGAAUGCUUCAACUGCAUGUGAUGUGAAAUAAAUCGACAAUAAAGUAUUGAUUUGUUAAAAAAAAACAAAUUAAAGGUGCUAAUAAAUGAGAUUUACAUAACAA